AUGCGUAGACCGCAGAAUCUUCUUGCAGAAGGCCCUCCGCCGGGAUUUUUCGCUCAACAUCCGAUUGGGUUCUUCUGUGAUCCAUAUGGGGAACGAGGACCACUUCCACCACUGCCAGCUUUUCCUGUUGCAUCUGACGCUCCACAUCCUUUAGUCCACGAUGGUUUUGGCGAAAGAAAUUCCCCGAUGCCAGGCACGGGUGGCGGUAUUGUGGGGGCCAUUCCAACCUCCUUGCUACCUGCCGAUUUCGACCCCGAUAUGAGCGGAUACCAACCGCUUCCGUCGAUGUAUUCAACGGAAUUGAAGGCCCAUCCCAUGGCCGGCUGGUAG